AUGGCACGUCCCCCGUCGGAGGCGUUCCAAGAGUCGCUGGAGGGCCAACAAGGGAGGUCGCCUUCGCCCGUCCUACCUGCCCCUGACUGGGCCGCGCGGAAGCUCCAAAUACAUCAAGGCGGCGAAGACUCGGACGAGUAUGAGGAGGAAUGGGAAGAAGAGGCAGAUGAGAUCCGCUUCUUUCAGCCUGCCUUUCUCAGCGAGUCGGCGGUGCAGCUGCGAGAUCGCGUGGAGCGGAGAAGACAUCUCAAGGCGGGGAUCGCAUGGGUAGGGAGCUGUACGGGGAGAGACAUUGUCACUACUCUACACUCCUUCCUCCCAGCAUACACUCGCGAGACCCCCACGGAUCGUCGGUUCGCCCUCAUCACGGCGCAGUCGCUACAAAACCAACUAUGGUUUGUCGAGGUGGAUUGGGACAUCAAGCCGUUGCGGGACUCGCCGGAUGAUGUGUUUCGGUUCAUGGGGGAGAUGGAGGGGAUGGAGUCGGAGCUGCCCAAGGGGCUGAUGACAAUGGCGACGAGGUGCUACUCGCCGAGCUGCCCGGGGGACAACCGGUGCUAUGCCUCACGCUGUCCCUACCGGACAGCUCCGGUGACGUUCCUGUACGAGGCACCCCAGCCCGUGCGGGAGCCAAAGAGGGACUGGCAGGAGGAGGUCGACCCGCUGCAUCGGCUGUCUAGCCACCAGGUGGACAGGCAAACCAUCAUCCGUCAAGCGAUCCAGUCGGAAAUACAGUACGAGGCGGACCUCACGGCGAUGGAGAACUUCAUCAUCGGCCUAAAGGACGUAAUCCCCUACUAUCGGCUGGACGGCUUUCUCAGUGACGUCUUUGGCAACGCGAUGGAGUUGCGGGAGGCAUGCCGGCGGAUACUCGACAACUUUUCCAUCCGCCAGCGGGAACAACACCCCCUCAUUCGGACCGUCGGAGACAUCUUUCUCGAGGCGGCCACCGACUUUCGUCUCAUCUACCCGGAGUACACAGGCAACGUACCUUCGGCCGAGCUGGUCAUCCGGAAAGAGCUGGACGAGAAUCCCCAAUUCAGACUCUUCAAUGAGCGGGUGGUACGGGAGGACCGGCGACGAGACAUCAAGUAUCUCGUUGCCCGUCCGACCAACCAGCUCCAACGGUAUCCUGCCCUCCUCGAGGCGAUCUUGAACGCCACCGAGGAGGAGGAUCCGGACCGCGACUUUCUGGUCGAAGCCCUCAGCAGUAUACGGAAUCUAUCGGCCAUCUCGCAGCUCAAGGUGUUUCACGGGUCCAAGGGGAGAGGCCUGGCGGGCAAGAAGCAGUGGUAUGAUCUGGUGCCAGAGGAAAUGAGGAGGGACCUCCCCAAAAAAGAGCAAAAGCGGCAAAUGCAAAUAUGGGAGUUGAUCCAGGGGGAAAUGGAGUACGUGGCGGACCUCGAAACAAUAGACCAAUUGUUCGUGGGUGGCCUGCGCGAGGCCGAGCCUGCCAUCAUCGACCGGAGCCGCGUCGACGACUUUAUCGACCAAGUAUUCCACAACUAUCGGUCCCUCCUGCACGUCCACCAGGACCUCCUCGACAAGCUCCAGGCGCGACAGCUCGAGCAACAUCCCAGCGUCGGCGCUAUCGCCGACUUGGUCUUUGACGCCGCGCUCAACUGGCAAGAGGCCUACAUGGAAUAUGUCACGCACUAUCCCAUCGCCAAGGCCAAGGUGCAAGAGGAACAGCGAAAAAACAAGCGUUUCGCAGACUUCCUCGAGGCCUGCCUCAAACACCCCAUGUCAAAUCGCCAAGACGUCUACCACUUUAUCAAUCGGCCCAUCCCCCGUCUCCUCCGGUACAAUCUCCUCCUCGCCGAUAUUCUCAAGUCUCUACAAGAGGUCGCCGACGUCCACCCGGAUAUCGAAACAAUCCCCCAGGUCAUCGAGCUUAUCGGGCUGCUGGGCAAGGCGACGCAAAAGGGAGUGGCGGUGAAUGAGGCCAAGGUGGAUCUCUGGAAUCUGGAGCAGACGCUGGAUAACGGAAAGUUUGGGUCGCGCGUGAUCAAGGAUCUUGACCUGCUCAACCCAAUGCGGGAGCUCAUCUACAAGAGCACGGUGUAUCGCCAACCGGAGUCUAUCGGGAGCAGCUGGGUCGAGCUGCGCUUGAUCCUGUUGGACAACUACCUCGUCUUGGCCAAGCCGGAGCGACGCAAGGGGGAAAAAUUCAUCAUCAAUCGGCGGCCAAUCCCCAUCGAGCUGCUGUCGUUGGGAUCAUUUGGGGAGGGGCCAAGAAGCAGGCCAACGGGAAAGCUCUUUGGCGCAGCGGAGGAUAUGAUCUGGCCUUUGAACGUCUUGUUCAUCGGCCAGGGUCAGCUGGGCGGGCAGUAUACGCUCUUUGCCGAGUCACAAACGGUCCGGAACGAAUGGCACGAAAAGCUGCAACACGCCAAGGUGCUUCGCGCCGAGGUCAACGACGCGGCCAAGGUGUUUGAACUUACACCGCUGAGCACCGACACGUUCUACCAGCCGUCCAACUAUACACGAUUCCUGGUGGCGAUCGGAUGCGAGGAGGGCGUGUGGAUUGGGCUUCGGCACGAUCCAUCGUCUCUGCGAAAAGUACUCCACGUCAAGGCGGUCACCAAUAUUGCAGUGUUGGAGGAGUUUGGCAUCUUUUUGGUUCUUCAGGACAAGUCUCUUCUCGCAUACCAUCUGGAAGCCCUCGUCCCUUCUGGACUAUCCCCUCAGGUCCGCUCUGCUCCGCAACGCCUAUCCCCCGGCAAAGACAUCAUCUUUUUCACCGUCGGUCAGCUCUCUGGUCGUACCCUCGUCCUCUACAUGAAGCGCAAAGGCAACGACUCUUUGUUCAGGGUACUCGAGCCCAUCACCAACAGCGACAACCGGCAGCGUCGGCCAUUCGGAAACCUCCUCGGACAGCGGAGCGAGUGGUUUCGCCUGUACAAGGACUUUUUCAUCCCUACGGAAGCCCUCAGCGUCCACUUUCUCAAGCACAAGCUUGCAGUGGUCUGCGCCAAGGGCUUUGAGAUUAUGGAUCUCACAGAUCUCAAAGGAGGGUCCAUACCGCCGAAUCGAUCCCAAGAGGCGAUCGAGUGGGAGGGCAGGCCGGACAGCGCCGCGUUCCACCCGCCAUACGUCUUGCUCGUCUCGGCGCAAUUCAUCGAGAUACGUCAUAUCGACACGGCCAAGCUGGUGCAGAUAUAUACGGGGGGAGAUAUCAGAUUGACUUGGGAUGGGACCGGCGGAAUGUCUAGACCCCUCAUUGAUAAUCCCGGUCCGAAGGGCUAUGGCCCAGAAGUCAAAUCGCAAGAGCCAAACAUCCACAUCUGCAGGCGGCCAGAUACUCAAAAGGCCAGAGGCGUCAUCGGGCAACACGUCUUUGAGUUGACCCCUACUUUGUUGUUGAACAAUCCACUGCUCAAUCCCAACACCCAUGACUCCAACUACUUUCCCCCGGCUCCACUUGUACAGGUGAGUCAAGGCCAGGCAUAG